GAAAUACACCAACUUCCUCACAAAAAUGGAGGAAAUAUGAGCCGUGGCUGUUUGGUGGUUUCGUGUUUUUCUUCAGCAUAAUGUGUCUCAGGCUCUUCCUUCACUAUAACAUACUUAAGAAAACUUAAUGAGACCCAUCGGAGAUUUUAUGAGGACUGAUUUGUGUUUUGGAUAACUGGCAUGCCAUUGACCUCUUGGAUUUGUGGACAUUUAGGCUGUCAGUUACGGUACAGGGAUUGCAGGGACAAAUAACCACCCUGGAUCUUGUUGCCAUAUAAGGAAGAAGAAAGGACACGAGGAUAGGACAAGUGAGUGAACAGUGCGGCGCUGGGGAUGGGGUUGAGGAGCCAAAGGAGAAAGUCAUGGUUCACAGCGGCUUUUCUUCCCCGAUGAAUACAACGUCUGCACUGCCUUUACCAGCUUCUACCACAGUGCCACCUGUUGUGCCCCCACCUGCAGACAGCACAGAACAGACUGUACCCCAGACGCCCAUCAAACCCAUCUCUAACUCUGAUUCGACCAAUGUCUCAACUCCAGUUCCUUCUAAUGCUGAAACUCCCAUUAACAAUGAUUCAGAGUCUGUGUUGUCUACUUUAACACCAACACCUGCUCAGCCGGUUUUCAAUGGCCGCACAUCAGGCAGGAAAAGGACUCCUAAGUCUUGUGACUGCUGUGGUCCGAAAGGUCACAGCCACAAUGUCCAGACACCAAACAGAGGACGGGGAAGGGCCAGAGGGAGAGCUAGAGGGAGAGGGAGUGCUACCAACCUGGAAGACACUCCUAAAAGGAAGCUUGGAGGACUCCUGACACACAAUAAGUCUAUUACCUUGAUAAAUGAGAACUUGGGUAAAGAUGAAGGUACUACAAUGGGAGCUGAUAGUCCAUCACAAAACUCAACAGAAAUUCAUAUCCUUGUUCAGGAUGGGGUAGGAGUGAACUCUGUAUCAUCAGACUUAAAAAAUACACAAAGUUACAAGACACUGAAGGAUAGUGUCAGUAACAAUGACGUUGAAAUGAGGGUUUUGGACAGGCCAGUUGAUGUGGUUCAGAGCAGUUUUGUAACAGGAUCUACUCUUUCAACUACAAUUACUACAACUACACCAGGUGAAAUUAAAAGGAAAAUUGAUGAUAAUGUUGUAAGUUCUUCAACAAGUGUCCAAGUUGCAUCAAUAGCAAACAAACAGGCCAAGUUAGAACCGGAGCAGCAGACUGACCCAAAGCCUUCAGCACAAAAUGGAGAUGUUAAACUGUCUUCGAAUGGAUUACUGAGCAGUAAUAAAGAAGUAACACAAGUAACAAAUGGACCAUUGCAGACUGGUACAAAGCCAGGAGAUACCUCUGCUGUUGACUUGAUUUUAAUAGACCAGACCUCUGAGAAAACGAACUCUGUACCUCUUACUUUGUCCAAUGGAAACGCCACCACACCAAACGACUACACUCAGGAAGUUAUCGCUAUGGAUUCGGUGACACCCAAAACGCCCACUACCCCACCUCCGCCCCAGGACCCCAUCACCGUGAGCAGCGAGGAGCACCCUUGGGCGCUACGAGAUCACAGGAUGUACUGUCUACAGGGAACAUGGGGCAAAGUGGACCAGACUGUGGGGGCAGGAGGAGAGUUAAAUGAUAAAUCACAGGGACAAGAGGAGGAAAGAGAGCAGCUUCUUGAUAUGGUCCAUGAAUUCCUCGAGAGUUUUUAUCUGAAAUAUGGCAGUUUCAUUCCUCUUGCCGAAAGCGACGUCGUGGAACAUUUGAAGUCGAAGGGCAAAUCGGACCUCACAAACAAGGGAUUGGACAUUCAGAAGGAGGUGAAGCAGUACAGAGCGGGGCUGGCCUCUGCUCCGGUGGCUGGGUUCAUGGUGACGCACAACAGGCACACUCUGAGUCUGGAGGAUCUGAGCACGUUAGAGGAGCAAAACUGGAUCAACGACCAGAUCAUCAACAUGUACGGCGAGCUCAUCAUGGAAGCCACUGACCAGAAAGUUCACUUCUUCAACAGCUUUUUUCACAAGCAGCUGGUUGCCAAGGGUUACGAGGGUGUGAAAAGAUGGACGAAAAAAAUUGACCUGUUUUCCAAGUGGCUGGUGCUCAUUCCCAUUCACUUAGAGAUCCACUGGUCUCUGGUCACCGUCAGCAUGGCCCACAAAACCAUCAGUUACUACGACAGCCAAGGCAUUGUCUUCAGACACACCACAGAAAAUAUUAUGAAGUACCUUCUGGCUGAAGCCAAAGAGAAAAAACAGACGGCCUUCCAGAAAGGCUGGAAGAUCACCAUCAUCAAGGGGAUCCCUCAGCAGAAAAAUGACAGCGACUGUGGGGUUUUUGUCCUUGAGUAUUGCCGGUGUCUGUCAGUGAAGCAGCCUUUUCGCUUCAGUCAGGAAGACAUGCCACGCAUAAGAAAGAGGAUCUACAAGGAGCUGUGUGAAUGUCGUCUGGACGUUUGAAACUCCGCCCCCUUUUAACCCCCCUCCCCCCUUUAGACCUCACCCCGCCUCACCCUUCCUCACUCCUAUACGCUCUGAGACACGGGCAACUGACAACAUCAACAUCGUAGUGACGGCUGCACUGCAAAAAUGUACAUCUCCGGGUAGAAUUUAAAAGUGCGUUGUGCAACUUUUCUGGUGGGGCGUCCGUCAAAUACUUUUCUCCGUGUCAAAGAAUGUUUCACAGUAUUGUGUUAAACCUUUCUAUCUUCACGGAGACCAAAGCAGACCAAGUUACAGGUCAGAUCUGUGGAGAGGCGACCCCGCUCACAGUCAGAGCGCCUGUUUUUCUAAGUAUUUUUGAGCUAUAAAAUAGUUUGUAAUUAAAUAAAUGUAAGUUAAAGCUAUUUAAUGUCAUACUGUGGAACAAUCAAAGCAGAGCAACGACAUAUCCAUAGAAACAAGACCUCCAUCCAAAAUGUUACACAGUGCACCUUUAAAUGUCUAGAGUCAGUCAUAUUGAUUUGAGUAAAAUUGGCAAGUUUAGGUUUAUUUAUUAUCUUGGUCUGAAUUUUGUGACUUUUUGACCAGUGAUCAUCCAGAUUUUAAAAUUGAAAAAUCUAAUUCAAAUUGCAAUUCCAUGUUUUUCCAGGCUCAUCAAGCCCUAGUUAAAAUGCAUGUAAAGGUGGACCUGAUUUAAAAAACAUGAAAAACAGAACUAGUUCAUUUUAAACAGUUUGCAGAGCUCCCAAGUUAAUCCUCACUCACCUUAUGCCUUCUUAUUAUUCACAGUGAUGAGUUUAUAAGAACUUUUCACAACUCUCAGAAACCAGAGCGUGAUUGGCAAAAAGCUAACAACCAGCAUGCUAACGUGCACUUCCUGAGUAUCAGACAGUAAAAUGCUUUAUAAUUACACUCAGGCAGCAAGCAGCGGACAUAUUUUGACCUCAAUAGCUGCUUAUGCAAGACAAAUUUUGCUCAAAUACCUGUGAGAAAAUACAAUUGUGGACCCAAAUUGUUAAAGCAUGAUACGGUUACAGACUAUUCAUGUACUAUAUAUUUGUAAGUAAGUCUUUAUAUAUAUAUAGCGCUUUUCACAGACAUAUUGUAAAGUAUUAUAAAUUUGUAUUUUGGCAAAAGAGAAAUGGAGCUUGAUAAGUAAAUGAGCUGAAAAAGCUUUGAUUAAUUAUUGGAACCAAUUUAAAAUACCUUGAAACAACAAAGAAAUUCUAGACCCACAAACAAAACACAGCUAAAGUAGUACAACAGAUUCAAAUCAAAAUUAAUAUUCUGAACUCAAAUCUUUUUAAAGGUCCUAAGUUUCCCUUUUAGCCGUGUUAUAAUGUUGUUACCUCCUCAAAAACAGACCUGGAGUUGUGUUUUGUUUCAUUCACACAUGUUUGAGUAAUCCUGCAUUGUUAGUCUGUCCAUAUCUGCAAAGCUCAAAAUGCUCUGUUCCACCUUGUGAUGUCAUGUUGUAGUUUUAAAGUUCCCUUUUACCUUUUGUUUAGAAGAGGUCGGAAAUUCCAGUGCUGAAAAAAAUCCAAAUGAUUCUAGUGAAUGUGUAUGGAAUCUAAAAAUACGCUUCCUCUUUUACUACAUGAUGAUGUCAUGUAGUAAAAGAGGAAGCGCUCCACUGUAUUUUUAGAGGAAGAGAGAGGUGGAAGAGAGUGCUUUUAUUUGAGAGGAGAACUCGGUCUAAAAAUGUAGGAUUUGUGUGUUAAAUGUGUGAAUAAAACAAAACACAAUUCCAAGUGUGUUUUUGAUGAGGAAACAACAUUAUAACAGAUCAGAAAACAGUGUAAUAUGGGACCUUUAUCUGUGAGAUUGUGAAAUUUUUGCAGUGCCAACACAUCCAGGUCACCCCCAUCUUUAACCUUUGCCUCUUCUGUAUCCGAGUGACUGUAGUGGUCUUCCCAAUAGACCAAAAACUAUUAAGAACUAUUGAAGAACUCCUGAUGUCGCCCUCUACUGACUGAAAACAGCGCUACAGUACGGUUUCCCACUGUUUUUGCCAAAUCCUCAAGAACUUUUUGGACAAGAGAGGAACCAGCUUGGACCAAUCCUGGAAGAAACCUUUUCCAACUAGUGGCCUUAUAUCGAAUCGGCCAUUUUUAUCGAAAUUCUGGAACAGUGCUGUGACGAGAGGUGAUACGCGGACCAAUUCUUAUCAUUUAAACUUGAAGGAUUUACGUUGGAGGAUUCAUUUUGUUGAAACUUUGCACGGUUAGAGGCCUAAACAUCGAUAAACUGAAUGUUCGGUGGUAUGUUUUGUUCCAUCUUUGCAGAGUGGAGACUUCAGCAGCACAAAAGCUAUGGACACAUUUUCACUUGGGAGACGUUAUUAUAAGUUAUAAUUUCAUCACAGUUUAUUGACAAUAUUUUAGUCUUUGAGAUGAGUACUCUCGUUUAUCGAUUUAUGUGUUAAUCCACGGACAACUUGAGUUCCCAUUUCAUGCUGGUUAGUAAUUUCACAUUUUCUGCUGCUGUUGCGAGGACCACACGUUUUAAUCUAAUCCUUGAAGCUAAUCCCCCGAGACCUGUUAGCAUACAUUAGCAGUAGCCUACGUGAGUGUGGGGUAAACAAGUGGACCUCAGCUAUUUUAAAUCUUAAAGCUGCACUGCGUAACUUUUCCGGUGGACAGUCUGCCACUCGUUUGUGAUCAUGGAGAUGUAAAUGCUUUGCUUGGAAUGUUUCUAUCUUGCAUUAUUUCAUUUAUUGUUAAAAAAACAGUUGCCGAUACCAUACAUACCUCGAUACGUAAGCCACGAUACAAUAUAUAUUUCGAUACAGUGAAGGCUAUAUCAUGGCCAUGAUACUAAAAGUCUUUGUUAAACCACGUUCUGUGUAAAGUUCAUAUGAAGCACAAACAUUUUACUCAUUAAAACUGUGAAAAUGUCAAAUGUGUCGCAUAAAAGAAUUUCCUUCCAUGGAACAAGCAACAAAAACAACAAACAACAAGCAACAACAAAGUAACAAAAUAAUUAUGUAAAAUAUACAACUACAGAUACAGCAGCCCACAAUACUGAUACUGUAUCAUCACAUCAAAUGAUACGAUAUAUCGAUAUUUCAAUGUUUUCCAAGCCAAUCCAGUCCAACUUUACUUCUAUAGCACAUUUUACAAACAAAAGUUUCCAAAGUACAUUUUACUUUAAAAAGAAAAAAAAAAGCAGAAUUAUGUUUAAUAAGGACAGUAAUAGAAUAAAUAAAUAAAAUAAUAAUAAUAAAAUCAGUGAACAAAAAUAAUAAAAUCAAAACAUAACAGUACUAAAAAGAUAAAAUGGUUAAAAACAACAAAUAAAAGACACAGAAGACCACACAACUCACGCAGUAUUAAAAGCCAGAGAAUAAAAGUGGGCCUUAAGACGAGACUUAAAACGCUCCUCUGUUGGGGCUGUUCGGAUGUGGGGGAGCAGAGCGUUCCAGAGUUUGGGGCCGACCACAGAGAAGGCCCCGUCCCCCUGGUUUUAAGUCUCGUUUUGGGGACCACAAGCUGGAGCUGGCCCUCGGACCUCAGAGUACGUGCGCUUUUUGCACAUCCCUAAUUCUUACUGUGAGUGGGGUCUAUUCUCUCCACAGACCUGACCUGUAACUAGACCUUGUGGCAUCACUUGCUUAUCUCUAUGGUGAUACAUAAAAUUGAAUGCUAUACUUUGGAACAUUAAUCUGCCCUAGGGUGACCAGACAUCCCUAUUUACCCGGGACAGUCCCAGUUUUGAGCUUUGAGUUUUCCUGUCCCAGCAGAUUUAUCCAAAACUAUUGAUUUAUCCCAGUUUUGUACAAGAAAUAUUCCAGGUGUCUCUAUUUUUAACCAAUUUGAUCCCUGCCAACAGUAAGGAGAGGCAUAAAUCAUUAGUUCCUUACGUAAAAUGCAGAAAAGCUGCUUAAAAAUGACCAAAACACAAUGAAAAUGUAACUAGACCUACUCACAUGUUUGUCAUGAAUGGGCCAAGUGCAGAACAAUUUUCCUUAAUUACGCACUCGAGUCACAAUUUUAUUACCAAACACCAAAAACCAGGGGUGUCACUUUUUUAAAAUUUUUAUUUUGAAACUCUGGUCACUCUAAUCUGACCUGUGACCCAGCCUGAUGGUAUUGCUUGUGCCCAGGGAGAUUUAAUAUUUAAUGCCAUACUUUGGAACAGUAAUCUGACCUGUGACCUGGCCUAAUGCCAUCACUUACUUGUUCCCAUGGAGACAGAAGAUUAAUGUUUAAUACUGAGGAACAUUAAAAGCAAAUCAGUAACUAAAUAAAUGUGAACAAGUGGCAGACCCUCUAACAGAAAAGUUACGCAGUGCACCUUUAAUUCUAUAUCCAUCCUCGGUUUUAUUGUUGUAUAAUUUGUAUUUACAGAUUGUAUUGAAAGUCUAUUGGCCUUCUACUGUACAUGCUAUAGCUUCGGCUCAAACCAUGACUGUUUUUACCGUUGUUAUUAAAAAGACUGUACUGCUGGAAA